AUGCAUUAUAAUGUAAAAAUGAAAUUUAAAAAAUUUUUCCAAUUAAAAUUAUAUGUAAUCCAAUAUGCUUAUUUCAAAAAUUAUCUCAUUUUACUUGUCAAGUCGCAGAUAUCAGAGACAUUCAACAAAAAAAAUCGAGAAAAUUGCUACUUGACAUCCACCUUAGCUAUCGACGCUAAAGUUAUUAAAUGACCGUGUAUCUUAGGCUGUGGUCUAUGUUUCUAAAUUAGACAUUUAACAUUUAUUUCAGCAGGAUGUUGUUCAUCGGGCAUUGGUACUGUACAAGAGUGCUGUAAGAGGUAGGUUCAAAAUUUUUCUAACCAAGUGUCACAAAAGUUGAAUCAAUAAUUGCAAUUCUUGCCUAAAAACCGCUUCUCAACAGAGAAAAAUUUUUGUGUCGGUAUGUUAUAUUGGCCGAACGAUUCGUAUUAUUAGACUUUUUGAGUCGUUUUCCGAGUAAAUUUAUGUUUUUUCGCUCAUGACAAUCACGGGUUUCGUCUUUUCUUCUUCUGCACUGUACAACGCAAUAGGCAAAAACUUUGCGAGGUGCGAAUAUAAUAAUUAUUUCCACUGUACCGUUCAGGACAAGUUUUAUCUUGUCUUGGGCUCUGCACAUUGCAGGACAACAAAAUUCGAUAUAGGCGAAACUUACUUAGAACACCAUUAUAUGUGGCAAUCCUGACGUGUGUUCAACUUUCAAAGGAAAUUUUUGUCGCACUUGUUUUUUACUUCUCUUGUAAGACCUAUUCUUUUAGGUUAUAUCGCCUUUCAAGAGGCGAGAAUGCAUAAUUUAUCCCCUUCAGUAUGUAGAUUUUUGGUGUCUAGAAUCUACUGCACUGCCAGACCAUUAAAAGCGGAAUAUGUGGUUACUCCAGACAAUGUCGUUAACGUUACGACACCAAAUCUGCCAAGAUCUCGUCCGCAGACGCUGAAGUUGAUUGUCAGAGGUUCACGGGCGUCAGAAUGGAGUCAAAUGGCUCCUAGAGGAUUGAUUGGGGCGUAUUUGCAGGUAAAGCGCAUUGUAUUAUUUCUAUUACUUUAGUUAUCAAAACACCGGUUGACAAUGUUAAUCACUACGUCCGCCAUGAGUGGUGUAGUUAUGGCCCCAGUGCCAUUAGACUGGAGGACGCUUGGCUAUUGCGCAUUGGGAACGACAUUGAUGUCGGCUUCAGCGAAUGCAUUCAAUCAUUUAUUGGAGGCCCCCUAUGACGCACAGAUGAAACGGACACAGUCCAGAGUAUUGGUUACUCACAGGUUCUCUCCAUUACAUGCUUUUACGUUUGCUGGAGUCACAUCUGUGGCUGGUGCGACAGCAUUGUGGUUAGGUAUGUGCUCUUCAAAAAAAGUUAUUGUGUAGGAUGUAAUCCUUUGGCAGCCGGACUUGGCCUUCUAAAUGUAUUCCUUUACGCUGGUGUAUAUACUCCCAUGAAGAGGUAUCAUAUUGGAUGUACAUGGGCGGGGGCUGUUGUUGGAGCGAUCCCUCCGCUGAUGGGAUAUGCGGCCAUGACUGGAGGAUUGGAUGCAGGUGCUCUCGUUUUGGCCGCCAUUCAUUACUCAUGGCAAUUUCCUCACUUUAAUGGGCUUAGCUGGAAUUUGCGAGGAGAUUAUAGUAGAGCUGGAUACAGAGUCAUGUGUGUUACAGAUGAAGAUUUGUGUCGAAAAACGACGAUGCGGUAAGAGGAAGGGUGAAGUUAGAUGCAAAAUAAUAUUUUCAGGCAUGCCGUAGGAUUGUUGGGCCUGUGUUCGGUGGCAGCGCCAUGUUUUGACCUCACUCCGGUAAACUUUGCCCUGGAGUCAAUCCCUCUGAAUGCCAUCUUGAUCUACCUUUCAUACAAAUUUUACAAAUCUCCGGAUUCGAAGAACAGUCGGACAUUGUUCAGAUACUCAUUGCUGUAUCUUCCCUUGAUCAUGGUUUUGAUGGGAAUCAGUCAGAAGGGAAGAAGUGAUUCCCAGAGAGGUCCUGAUGUCGCUCAACUGCCCGGGCAUUCAAUUUUAAAGCAAUAG